CUUCCGGCCCUUGGGCGCGCACGCGCAGACGUAGGCAUGUUUUGACAGCUCGGGCCGAGGAGAAGCAGGUGUCGCGAGAGCUGGCGGCGCGCUUCCUAGUGAGGGCUGUCAUUAUGGCGAGCCUGGGAAGCGAGGCUGAGCGGGAGCCUCUCCUGGGCCCCGGCUCGCCCGGAAGCAGAGAAUGGGACAUGGUAGAAACACAAGAGCAUUACAGGAGUAGAUGGAGAUCUGUUAGGAUUCUCUACCUCACUAUGUUUCUCAGCAGUGUGGGUUUUUCUAUUGUGAUAAUGUCAAUCUGGCCAUAUCUUCAAAAGAUUGAUCAGACAGCCGAUGCAAGUUUUUUAGGAUGGGUUAUUGCUUCAUUUAGUCUUGGCCAAAUGGUAGCUUCACCUCUAUUUGGUUUAUGGUCUAAUUAUAGGCCAAGAAAAGAACCUCUUAUCGUCUCCAUCUUUAUUUCCGUGGCAGCCAACUGCCUAUAUGCAUACGUCCACGUGCCAGCUGCUCAUAAUAAGUACUACAUGUUAAUUGCUCGUGGAUUGGUGGGAUUUGGAGCAGGAAACGUAGCUGUUGUUCGAUCUUAUAUUGCUGGUGCUACUUCCCUUCAGGAAAGAACAAGUGCCAUGGCCAAUACGAGCACAUGCCAAGCCUUGGGCUUUAUUCUGGGUCCAGUUUUUCAGACUUGCUUUGCACUCAUUGGAGAAAAGGGUGUAACGUGGGACACGCUUAAGCUGCAGAUCAACAUGUACACAGCACCAGUUUUACUUGGCGCCUUCCUAGGAAUUGUAAACAUUAUUCUGAUUCUCUUUAUAUUAAGAGAGCAUCGUGUAGAUGACUCAGGACGGCAGUGUAAGAGUGUGAAUUUUCGAGAAGAAAAUACAGAUGAAGUUCAGAUUCCUGAAGGAAGUAUUGAUCAAGUUGCCGUUGUGACUACCAAUAUUCUGUUUUUUGUGGUUUUGUUUAUCUUUGCCCUUUUUGAAACAAUCCUCACUCCAUUAACAAUGGACAUGUAUGCCUGGACCCAGGAGCAGGCUGUGUUCUAUGACGGAAUAAUUCUUGCUGCUCUUGGAGUUGAGGCAGUUGCUGUUUUCAUGGGGGUUAAAUUACUUUCCAAAAAGAUUGAUGAACGUGCCAUUCUCCUGGGAGGACUCGUGGUUGUAUGGGUCGGCUUCUUUAUCUUGUUACCCUGGGGAAAUCAGUUUCCCAAAGUACAGUGGGAAGAUUUACACAACAGCUCAAUCCCUAAUACUACAUUUGGAGAAAUUAUUAUUGAUCUUUGGAAUUCUCCAAGAGAAGAUCACAGUGAACAGCCAACCGGGUGCCCAAUUGAACAAGCCUGGUGCCUGUACACCCCGGUGAUCCAUCUGGCCCAGUUCCUCACAGCUGCUGUGCUAGUUGGAAUAGGCUAUCCAGCCUGCAAUGUCAUGUCCUAUACAUUAUAUUCAAAAGUUCUAGGACCAAAACCUCAGGGUAUGUACAUGGGCUGGUUAUCUGCUUCUGGAAGUGCAGCACGGAUUCUUGGGCCUGUGUUCAUCAGCCAUGUAUACACUUAUUUGGGCCCACGAUGGGCAUUCAGCCUUGUGUGUGGAAUAGUGGUGCUCACCAUUUUGCUCAUGGGAGCUGUUUACAGAAAACUUAUUGCCUUUUCUGUCAGAUGUGGGAGGAUCCAGGAAUAAACUAGCAGUCUCUGCUGGAUGCUUGCUGCCAACCAUCUCCAACUAAGUCUUGAGUAGCAAAAACAUGUGUUGAGUAACCUAACUAUGAAUGGUAAGGUAUGCAAAAACAUUCUGGGUCAUAAUCUCCUUAUCAAAAGUGAAUUAUCUUUCUUAUACUUAAUAAUGAGUUCCAUGAACUCAAUAGUGGAUGGAUAAUGUCUGUAGGUGUGAAACUGCACUUAAUAUAAAUUGAGGCACUCUCCCUAAAGCAAUGGGACUAUGCAGUGGAACUAGAGGAAAGUUCUGUUAUAAUCAGCCAGAACAGAAUGAAACAUUUUUUUAAAAGAAAAAUACAAGUAUUUUCAUCAAAGUUUUUUCUUUUCUUUAUAUAAAAAUGCACUAUUAUUCAGUUUCCCAAUGAAAUAAAACUGAGCCUUAAAUUCUUUCUAGCCUGGCCACCACCAGACUAGGAUUUAGUUUUGCUUUCCUGCCCAGGGUGAACUCAUUAUCUCUCCCUCAAUGUAAUUUGCAUAUUGCACCUUUAUCUAUUAUAAUUUAGAAUUUCACUUCUAAAUUAACUUGUGAUCAAGAAUAACGCUGAGAAGUAAAGAGGACUAAGAGUCAAGGUGGAUUUUACUACCUUUAGAAGGGCUACUUUUUCAAGUGCUAGUAAAUUCACAUUAGAAACAUGACAAAUGUUUUUUAAUAUUAACAAUAAAUGGAUUCUUAAAAUUAUCACUAUUUUCCAAGUCCUUUACACUCUAGUGCAAACUUUGACCUUUUACUGGCCCUUCUCAGUAGUGACAGAGGAACAACUGUUUCCAACCUGUCUGCAGACCCAUUCAUAGCAGAACUACAGUUGGACUUAGAAUGCUGUGAUACUCUGUCUAGUCAGGCUAUGAUCUGAGGUAGAAUGAAUGGCCAAAGGCAACUAAUCAAAGGGUAGUUUCUACCCCUGUGUGAAAAGGAAUCACUGAAAAACAUGCAGAAGUAUUUUCCCAUUCUGUGACUAUGGUUUCAAAUCUGUGUGUGAGAACAUCAAAUGCUCCUGCACUCUACAGUCUGCUGUAGCCAUCAGUAUUAAAUGGUGGCAGCAUUUUGCUUCAGUCAUUUUCUGUUGUCAGGUCCUGGACUUUAUCUUACCUGUCGUGUUAUACUACGUCUUUAGUCUUUUGGAUCACUUCUGCUCUUAAACCCAGCUUUGUGUGCUAUGCAGAGACAACAGUAAUAACUCCUCAGAAAGAGUUCCUGUGUAACACACAGUAAUUUUCAUAGCAAUCUUAGGGCUGAAGAUAAGAUCCUGCUUCCCCGAUACAUUCGAAUUAAUGGAGGCAUAGUUCUUGUCCAGGUGCCUUCAGAGGCUACCUCUUGACAGAUGCACUUUUCAGAAUAGGAAAAUUACCCACAAGUUACGUACGCUACCAGUUACUUAACUGUGAGAGGCUGUUCACACUAGUGACUCAGAUUUGCAGAAAUAUUUGGGGGAAAAAUUGCUUCUGGCAAGAACAUACAGAAGUUUUCCAGCCCUAGAAUUAUAACACUACAAUUCAGGGAACUAUAACCUAGCAAAAUUGAUUGCACAUUCAUUUUCAUUGAGGCAUUUGUUUCUUGGGAGAGUAGAUUAAUACACACCUUGCAACCAAAGAAAUGAGGGAAACAACAGGUCUAAGAAAAGAGGUAAAGUUUUGAAUAGAACAAAGUGAGGAUAAACUGAGCAGACAGAGACCAUAAGGUAUGAAAACUGUUACUAGUGUAUAGUAAAGGUCUUCAUGAAAACCUAGCAAAGGGUUAUUUCCUUAUUUGAAUUGUCACUUCAUAAAGCAUUUCUGUAUAAAACAAGCUGUUCAAGCUCAUGUCUUGUAUUAAAGUGAAAUAAACUUGUGAUUUUUAAUUUAA